CAGAGGAAUCUGCAUAAUGAAUACACAUCGGAGGGCUGCUGGUCUGGUUGAGUCUAUUCUCUCCUCUGUACCAGGACAAGAUCACAUCUCUUCACAACACAAACCACUGAACAGCUGAAGAUUUAGAGGAAUGAACCAUUUGUUGAGAUGGAGAAGGCUUACCAGACUGACGUUCAUGCUGCUAAAUUUUGUCAUUAAUGUACUCUGUGCUUCCCAGCAAACAGUCCAGUCUGAGAUUCAGUGGGUGAAAGGCAUCGUGGGACAGUCUUUCUCUUUUCCAGAGAGGGUGAUCAAGACUGGCAAUUUACUUUAUGGAGACCUUGGCACUAUUGCAAAUGUGUACCCUGGUAAAGAAGGCAAAAUCACCCUUGAGAAGAGAUUUGACAACCGCCUCCACUUGAACAAUGUUACAAGAUACUUCACUCUGUCAGACCUUCAGAUUGACGAUGCUGGGGUUUAUAGUGUGGAGAAUACAUAUGAAGGGAAAAAUACAAAAACAUUUGAGCUCACUGUAUACAAUGUUGUUUCCAAACCUCAGGUGACYGAGUGUGACAYCAGCUCCUGUAGUGUGSUGUGUUCUGUGGACAACGAAAAAGAGGUGACCUUGACCUUGUACAGAGGAGAGGAAAUACUAAACCAGACCAGCAGUCCUGACCUCACCACUGAUCUAUCUCUCCAUUUGGAGGUAGAGGGAAAGAACUACUACUCCACCUACAGCUGUGUGGCUGCUAACCCUGUCAGCAAUGAGACAGUUCAUGUCCCAAAAUGUUGCAGUGAAGAUGGUCAUGCUAAUGAUGAAGACAGUGAUGGGAUGACUCUGYGUUUGCUUAUUAUUGCUGUAAUCUGCGUUUUGGUUGCCUCAGGGCUGGUUGGACUUGCAAUCUAUCUAAAGAAGAGUAGAAAUGGACACUCACAAGGCAGAUUCAUCCGAAAGAGUGCAAGUUGACAUUGAUUAUGCAUCGAUAACUCCUAAAAAACGAACAGAUAAUCAGGAGGAGCGAACAGAUAUACCAGAAUUGGAAUCGCGUAGAGACAACCCUACCCUGACAUCAGUUUAUGAUACACUCCUGUUACAUCGCAUGGCUGCCAGCGGGGAUGUUGACACAGCAUGAAAGAGAUAAACGGGAGGUCAAUAGGAUAACUCACAUCAUGUAGUGGACAGUAUAUCAUAAAGGCGACGUUGAAACAAAAUGAAAGUAAAAAUAUAUUCACCCAGAAAACCUUUUAGAGGCACAGUUGUUAUGGGAGAAAAAUCCCCCGGAACUGUUGCGCUGAUAUAAAUUCAGGGUUUCUUUGUAGGUCAUUCUCACAGACAUUCUGUCAAAUAGGAGACUCGAUGACAUCCACUGAUAAGGACCAAUUCAAUAACUAUGCAUUGAGUUAGUAGCAGGAUCAGGAUAAUCCUUCUUUUCAAGUGCCUUUUUUCCCAAAUCCCAAUGUAUAAGUUAAAAACAAAUGGAAUAUAUAUUUUAAUGCAAUUCACUAGUGUGUUUGCAAUGCUACCACUGUGCCAAAGUCACUCCCUCCUGCAGACUCUGUACACUCUCCUUCUAUCAGAUAAUGUUGUGCUCCACCUACAUUAGUGCAGCCUUUGUAUAUAUCUGUGCCAGCACAGGUUACUAUGACCCGAAAAUACAAAAUCUGUCYAUACCAUAGUGAGUUGUUGCAUUGUUAUACUACUCUAUUUCAGAGUAGUUACUGAGACUGAAUAUGAAGAUCUAAUUCACUUUUCACUAUUUUAAAAUAAUCUCUUGACUUAUUCAAACUCAUAAAAAUAAACAUUUUGUACUGAGCUUCAAUAUAUUAAGUCAAAGACUUACCCAUACAUUUKAUUUAAAGUCAUAAAAUGUGUAUAUUUCCUGAUYUUUAACAGUCAUCAAUACAUCAAUACCCUUGCUUGAAAUAUAUUAAUGUUUUACAUACCCCAUCACAACUCAAAAUAUGAUGGUAGAUUACUCCGUUCUCCAUUUAUGUGUUUGUUGUCAUUUAAAUCUGUGUAAACAAAUAAUGUAUUGCUUCAGAAUACUUGUGUAAACUGUCAUUCCUUGAAUCCAUGGCUGCUUCUAUUAGUUUGAGAGUGGCAACAUUUCUCCAGAGACAUUUCUCCAGAAACACAACUUCAUGUUGUGGUUUUAAUGUAGCCCAUUUCUAGGGUCAAAUAGGAGGGACCACUGUAAUUGGUUGGUGGAUUCUCUAUUUAGUGAGUUUAAGUGUGUGUGAUCUUUUUUUCCUGCCACUUUGCAUGCCAGGCAGCUGUACAUU